UAAAUAAUUAAAGGAAUUCUUCACCCUUACGCGCGGAGUCUGUGUUUAUACAUAUCUUUGAGAACCCGAGAUAGAAGAGAAGAGAAGAAGAAGCUCUGAUCGGAAUAAACCAACGAGCAGACUGAAAAUUGGAAGAAGAAUUUGAAGACAAAGAUUCAUGAGUUCUUCUUCAGUAAUAACUCCAGAAGACGUGCUGGAGUCGUUGAUGAAUGAUGGUACUAUUGAUUCUCUCAGGUUGAAGAUCAUUAACCAGCUCAAAGCCAAUGAGGAGCUUAAGAAUACCACCAUUAAAAUGGUAGAACAAAGCAAAGUCCUCAACACUCCUGGGGCAGAGAAACAGACCAAAAGGGAGCUAUUUGAUGCUCUUCGACAGGAACUCGAAGCACCAGUACUUGAGAAAGCCUCUAAAUCUGUUUGGGAAUUAAUUUUGGACAACAAUGGAUUAGGCAAAGAAAUAAACGACACGGUGGAAAAAGUAUUUUGUCGAUUGAGUGGCAAGGAACCUCCAUUGUUUCUUCCUCAAAAUGGGGAUAUGCCACCAGUAAAAGAAACUGAGCACGAGAAAGGCAAGGGAAAAGAACCUGAAGAUAAUUAUCACAAGGAGAAAUCACAACCUCUUAGGAAAAGGAGUUUCAAUGACAUGAAUGGCAAAGAGGAAAGCACUAUUGCAGAUGGAGCUGGAGAAAGUCUAGCCGUACCUGAAGAACAUAGUAGGUCACCUUAGUUGAGUUUGAAGACAUAAAAAUCUAUUGAACCGUGCUCUAUAAUGACAGAUCUUCGAGUUGUAGAAUGUGAUCAUUGGUUCGAGCUCUUUCAACUUAAUCUGACGCGCAUGGCCUGUGUUGAGCAAGAACAAAAUUUGACAAUGUGCACGGUGCACACACAAUUUAUUGGAGUCCAAAAUUUUGUUUGUGUUGAUGUAGGUGAACACUUCUGUGAACUUUAAUGUUCCCCUUAACUUUAUGUUUAGGAAAUAGGAUGGUUAGUCGUAAAAGACUAGCUUUUGUUUGUAAUCUAAUCUAUCUACCCAUGUGAAUGCUGUGAAAAGCCACAUAAAUAUUGAUUGGCCUUGUUGUGCAGUACUCAGAAGACUAAAUAGAUGAAGCUUUCAAGAACUUUCUUUGUUC